CAGUCAUGAGUGACUUACCCAGCGGCAAACGUCUGGUUGAUUUAAGUCUAGAAGAGAAGCAACGUUUUUUAGACUCAUUUGACUACGUUCUGACCGAUUGCGAUGGCGUCAUAUGGAACAUUUACGGGCCAAUCGAGGGGAUAGCCCAGGCAAUAACUCAGCUUAAAAACUACGGCAAGCAGAUAGUCUAUGUGUCAAAUAACAGUGUUCGAUCAUUGGAUAAUUACAAUCAGCAGUUUCGGAAGCUGGGCCAUGAGGUAGCUAAAGAGGAUAUUAUAAUUCCGGUGUUCAGUAUUGUCAAAUACCUUAAGUCCAUAAACUUCAGUGGGUUAAUUUAUGCUAUAGGAACAAAAGAAUUUCUUACAGUAAUUCGUGACGCGGGCUACGAUGUAAUAUCAGGGCCGGAUGAACAGCAACCUGAGGUGAUACGACAUAUCAUAUCAGUUGUAUACGAUAAGAAACCCGUGAAAGCGGUGAUAGUGGACUAUGAUUACAACUGCAACAAUACGAAACUUAUGAGGGCGCAAAUCUAUUUGCAAACCGAUCCAGACUGCAUGCUGAUUGCGGGUGCUACCGACCACAGAGUGGCUGUCACGCCUGAGUUCCAAAUGCUUGGACCCGGAUAUUAUGUCGAUAUUCUAGAAAAUAUUAGUGGUAAAAAAGCUAAGGUGUUAGGGAAACCUGGUUAUUUACUGGGAACUUUACUGAAGGAACAAUAUAAGAUAGGUGACCCCAAGCGGGGUUUGUUUGUUGGCGAUAUGAUUGCUCAAGAUGUGGGCUUUGGAAAGGUAGCUGAUUUUCAAACGCUGUUAGUUUUUACUGGUGGUGCAUCGAUGGCUGAAAUACACACUCUGGAAAACGAUGACGCUAAGCCUGAUUACCAUACAGACAGUUUCGCCGAUUUGGGUCGAAUAGUGCAGGAAGUUCAAAGUCUCAAAAAUAAAGCUAACUUGUGAGUAUUCAUCUAACAUGAAAAAUACCAACAAAUGUAAUUUAUGACUGAAGAUACUGAAAUGAGCAGAAACAAACUUCGAAGUACUCCAUAUGUACGAAUAAAUAUUUAUUUGUCAGAGGCAGUGCCAGUAACAAACAUAGCAAAGAUGUCAGUUGAGGUACGAUAUCGUGUUAUUUAGUAGGGAAGGAAAUAUUAUAAGAAAGCUUUAUUCGACAAUAUAAUGUGAAUAUACAAUUUAUCAAAGAUCAAAUUAGUAAAAAUUGAGCAUUCUUAUCAGUAGCUCUUUUUGGCCAAUGCAAUCGCUUCAUUUGAUUUAUCAGAUAA